AUGAAGCAAGUACAAGAAUUAUCGACGAAGUGGAACAAACUUGCUGUCCUCGCUAAAGAAAGUGUAAGUGAACCGGAGAUGCCGUUGGUAAAGGAUUUGGAUUGUGAAAACUCAAGGAAGAGAGGCCAUAACGCUGAAAAUUGUCCAAAGGAGAACAAGUUUUCCCAAGGGUCAUCUGAGACAGAAGGGAUGCAACUUGACGAGGAUGGAGAAUUGGAACAUUCGUCGAAGGACUUAUACACCAUGAACCCUGAAGAACAGGAAAUGACAACCGGCCAUCCAAGCAAGGAUCUGAAGGAACACCCUGACAAUGACGGAAUCUUAAUGACAGAAGAUAAGAGAAAUAACAAUAUCAAUGAGAGAGAAGGUAACACUGGAGGAUGCCUCGAAGAAAAGAAAAUACUUAUGAGAGCAGACCCUGCGACGAAAAAAAGCAACCAACCAUCACGGAUAAUCGUGAUCAGGGAGGAGGAUACGCCACUGUGCAAAAGAAACUCAUUAACAAUAAAUCUGAUCUUGAAGACACUCAGCAUAUAA